CAAUUUAGUGUUGCACACUUUGUUUUGUUUACGAAUGCAGAGAAGCUAGCCUUGCUAGCGAUAAAAUAUUUCUAAACUAACUGCUGCUGAAUCGUUGCUGAAAUAAAAUGAAACCUGCAGUGGAUGAGAUGUUUCCUGAAGGAGCGGGUCCCUACGUGGACUUGGACGAGGCAGGAGGCAGCAGCGGCCUGCUCAUGGACCUGGCAGCCAAUGAAAAAGCAGUGCACUCUGAUUUCUUUAAUGACUUUGAGGAUCUUUUCGAUUCGAGAGUGAUGACAUGA